CAAAUGGGAAGCAUGGCUGGUUCGUUUUCUAACUACAAUCAAAUUGAUUUCUGGCUCUGAAAAAGUCUCAUAGUCGAUGUUUUCGUUUUAGAGAGAGAAUCAGAGUUUCGGCUUUAAGAGGAGAGAGAGGGAGAGAGGAACAGCGAGAGAGGGAGGGGCUACCAUGAUAACACGAUCGAAUCUGGCCGAACAGCUGCGAGAGUAUCAGAUUCGAUCCAAGCAUGACUGGGCCUCUGUCUCGUUCUUCUCCUCCACUUCUUCAAACAUCACCUCCUCCAGGGUGGAUGUGGUGGUUUUUGUAAUAUGGGAACUUGUUAUUUUAGCUUUCUUGGUCUUUUCCGUAGUCUCUUUGUACUUCAAGCACAUCCGGCUUGCUUUUUUUUUAGUCUGCAUCACAAUCCUAUUGCUUUUAUGCAUGAAAAUUACAAAGCAAGUAAGACUCGCAAGGAAAAAGAAACGAAGAAUGCUUCUUCCGUUGUCAAUGUAAAGUGGCAUCAAGUCUUUACCUUUGGCAUAUUUCCUAUUCUCUUACCAGUUACCACCCAUUUACUGGCAUAGGGUCUUGGCCAUUCUUGACCAUUUCCAUUGGUCCCACUUCUCAUUCAUCACUGGAUUGUGUAUCAUCUGAUUCCAGCUAUAGCAAGUCAACUAAAGUAUAUAAUUGAUGUUUCUGCAUCAACACAAGCUUAUCCAAUUGGUUGAUCUAGAUCAUUGUUGGAGGCAAUGUGGCUUAGUAAUGCUACUUGGAUCUUGUCACAACCUAUAUAUUUGGCAUUUCUUUUUGCUGUUUGUUUCUGUAUACAUAGUGCAACUACUGCAAGUUACUAUUGAGUUUUUGACCCAUGAUAGUGUUAUGUGCUUACAUUGAAAGUUCAAAUACCAUCAGAUGAGUUAUUGUAUAAUGACAACGAAUGUGCGAGAUAGGUUUGGCACCGUGAUAUUGUGCACAAGGUGCUUAAAUGGUAGGUGCGAAGUGUUGCUAGCUUUCGAAGAUAAUUUCUGUGGUGUUGGCCUUGUUUGGAGAAUGUAACCCUUAUUAACUUUACUUUGGAUGAUGAUGUGAAAAUAUGUCCUUAUCUGACUUAAGACCUGGCUGAUUUUUUAUUUUCAAUGGAAUAUUUAUUGGGCAGAUUCA